CUCAGGAGGAAUCUUCAGAUGACGAUGUGAAACAGUGGCUGGAAAGAAAGGCACACGCUUCUCCAUGGAAGGUCCAGUUAAAUGUGAGUUGAAGUAAGGAGUCAAGAAUCUUACAUCUUUCCAAGCAAAACGCCACUUGUAUCACAAAGACAAGUGGAACUGCCGUGGCUCUGAUGCACAAGCUCUCUCACCUUCUACGGAGAAGAAGCCUGGACUCCUCAUGGUCGAGUCCUGACAUGAGCACUGCUUGGUGCUGACAUUCUUCAGGCAUCUGUGUCCUGGGAACAGGUCUUCGUUUCUGUCCUCCAGGGUGGUCAGAUCGAGGUUCCCUGUGUGUGAGUGUGCUUGUGUGCUUCACAUGGAGAAGAGGCUCAGGGUGACCUGUUUGUCUGUGGCCUGGUCAGAAAGGCUGGAAAGCAGCUGGACCUGCUGGACGUUGCUUUUGAGAAUCCUUGGACACCAGUUAAUCCAUGUUGGACAGCAAAAUUCUCCAUGGAGCCUGCAUAACUGUCUUAGUGCAGUGUGAUAAACCAUCGCACAUUGCCAGAGUCCUGCUGGUUUGGCCUAUCAGCUCCCUGACCUUCCCCUGCUUUUGACUGUGCUUCUUGGAGCAGUGAUCCACCAUGGCCUAAUGAUGAAAUCCACAUAACCAGAUUGUCUAGUUCCAUGGAACUUUGGGGCAAGAGCCUGUGGAACUCUUCUGUCCUUGUCCCUCUCUGUACUCUCCAGUUGCACAACGAACACAGAGGUUGUCUCACAACAGAGGACAAAGGGCAACCUUAGCUGCUUUGUAAGAGCACAGCUGGUCUGCUGCAACAUGCAGGGAGUUGUAGAGUGUGCUUCAGGCUGAUUAGGGUGGUAAAAGUUCCAUUGGUGCAGUGGAAUCCAGUGGUCGCAAAGGCAGCCAUGGGGUUGCUGACUGGGGACGCACUGUUCUCUGUGGCUGUGGCCGUGGCUGUGUUCCUGCUCCUGGUGGACCUGAUGCACCGGCGCCAACGCUGGGCUGCUCGCUACCCACCAGGCCCUGUGCCUGUGCCUGGGCUGGGCAACCUGCUGCAGGUGGACCUCAAGAACAUGGCCUACUCUUGCUAUAAGCUGCGACAUCAGUUUGGGGACGUGUUCAGCCUGCAGUUUGCCUGGACUCCAGUGGUUGUGGUCAAUGGGCUGGCGGCUGUGCGGGAGGCUCUGGUGGACCAAGGCGAGGACACCUCAGAUCGGCCGAGAACACCCACUAACGAAGUCAUUGGCUUUGGACCAAAAGCCAAAGGGGUUAUAGGGGCACCCUAUGGGCCCGCCUGGCGUGAGCAGCGGCGCUUCUGUGUGUCCACCAUGCGCAACUUCGGCCUGGGGAAGAAGUCUCUGGAGCAGUGGGUGAACGAGGAGGCCGCCUGUCUCUGUGAUGGUUUUGCCAGCCAUGAUGGACGGCCCUUUCACCCCUACGGGCUGCUGAGCAAAGCUGUGUGCAAUGUGAUUGCCUCCCUCAUCUACGCACGCCACUUUGAGUAUGAUGACCCGAACUUUGUCAGGUUGCUGAAAUUCCUGGAGGACUUCAUGGUGGAUGACAGUGCCUUCAUGCUUCAGGUAUUGAACUCAAUGCCACUGCUCCUGCGCAUCCCAUGGGUGGCUGCCAAAGUCCUCCCUGCACAGAGGUCCUUCAUGGCUUUGAAUGAUGAGCUGUUGGCUGAGCACAACUCAGGCUGGGACCCAGACCAGCCUCCCCGAGAUCUGAUUGAUGCUUUCCUGAUGGAGGUGCUUAAGGCCCAGGGGAACUCCAAGAGCACCUUCAAUGAUGAGAAUCUUCGUCUAGUAGUUCUUGAGCUGUUUGCUGCAGGAAUGGUGACCACAUCAGUCACAUUGUACUGGGCUCUGCUCCUCAUGAUCCUGCACCCAGAUGUGCAGCGCCAUGUGCAAAAGGAGAUCGAUGAAGUGAUCGGACAGGAUCGAUGCCCAGAGAUGGCGGACCAGGCCCACAUGCCCUUCACCAGUGCCGUGAUUCACGAGGUGCAACGCUUUGCAGACAUUGCCCCAAUGAGUGCUCCACACAUGACAUCUCGUGACACCGAGGUGCAGGGAUUCCUCAUCCCCAAGGGAACUAUGCUCCUCGCCAAUCUGUCAUCAGUGCUGAAGGAUGAGACUGUCUGGGAGAAGCCCUUCCACUUCCACCCUGGACAUUUCCUGGACGCUGAGGGCCGCUUUGUGAAACGUGAGGCCUUCAUGCCAUUCUCCGCAGGCCACCGCAUAUGCCUCGGGGAGCCCCUGGCCCGCACGGAGCUCUUCCUGUUCUUCACCUGCCUGCUGCAGCGCUUCAGCUUCUCGGUGCCUGAAGGGCAGCCCCGGCCCAGUGAGCGUGGUGUGAUUUCCUUCGUAGUGUCUCCACCCCCCUACCAGCUGUGUGCUGUAGCCCGCUAGAAGAGGUGCUGUGUUCCUUCCUGUACCCAAGAUGGGAUGUACAGUAAACCAGUCUUGUGACUGUCA